GCCCACCCAAGGAGGCGCCCGGCGCUGCUGCCCCGCUGCCGCCGCUCCGCGCACACACACAGACACACAAAUACGGUGCGUGCGCCUCCGGGAGUCAGCGCCUCCGCCUUCAGGUUGCUCAGACCUGAAAUCUACGGGGAAUCUCAGCGUUCUUGUCGCCGCUCCUGCCGGUGGAAGCGGUGAAGAGGAGAGAUUUUGAUCAUUAUCAUUAUUAUUGUUAUUUCCCCCUUCUUAUAUUCAAUGGAUCGGAACUUGGAGUCUUUGCACCUCGGCGGUUUUGGAAUAUCUACAUGCUGAGCCUCUUUGUUGUGGCACAUCGGCUCGUUCGGGGGAACCAUCCGGAGACGGCACGAUGUUCCUCGCGCUCCUCUACUUGGCUCUGCCCUUAGCGGACGUACUUCUGUCGGCAGAAGUCAGCGGGCUGCCCGGAGGGGACCGCCUCGACUGCGUGAAAGCCAGCGAUCAGUGUCUCAAGGAGCAGAGCUGUAGUACUAAGUACAGGACACUGAGGCAGUGUGUAGCCGGCAAAGAGAGCAACUUCAGCCGGGCGACGGGCCUGGAGGCGAAGGAUGAAUGCAAAAGCGCCAUGGAGGCUCUCAAGCAGAAAUCUCUGUACAACUGCCGCUGCAAGAGGGGCAUGAAGAAGGAGAAAAACUGCCUGCGCAUUUACUGGAGCAUGUACCAGAGCUUACAGGGAAAUGACUUGCUUGAGGAUUCUCCCUAUGAACCAGUUAACAGCAGGCUAUCAGACAUAUUCAGGCUAGCACCGAUUGUAUCAGUGGAGCCAGUACUAUCAAAGGGGAACAACUGCUUGGAUGCAGCAAAAGCUUGUAACCUAAAUGAUACCUGCAAGAGGUUCAGAUCUGCUUACAUAACCCCCUGCACCAGCAGCACGUCUAAUGAAAUCUGUAACAAGCGGAAGUGUCAUAAGGCCCUCCGGCUAUUUUUUGACAAAGUUCCCCCAAAGCACAGCUACGGGAUGCUCUUCUGCUCCUGUCGAGACGUAGCCUGUACAGAAAGGAGGCGGCAGACUAUUGUUCCUGUGUGUUCAUAUGAGGACAGGGAGAAACCAAACUGCCUGAAUUUACAAGAAUCCUGCAAGAAGAAUUACAUCUGCAGAUCUCGCCUUGCAGAUUUUUUCACAAACUGCCAGCCUGAGUCACGCUCUGUUAGUAGCUGUCUGAAGGAGAACUACGCUGACUGCCUCCUCGCUUACUCGGGGCUCAUUGGCACAGUGAUGACACCGAACUACAUAGACUCAAGUAGUCUCAGCGUUGCCCCAUGGUGUGACUGCAGCAACAGUGGUAAUGACAUAGAUGAAUGCCGGAAAUUUCUGAAUUUCUUCCAGGACAACACAUGCCUUAAAAAUGCAAUUCAGGCUUUCGGCAAUGGUACUGAUGUGAAUGUGUGGCAGCCAAUAUUACCGGUACAGACCACUACAGCCACAACUACAACAGCUUCCAGACUUAAAAACACAGGUUCAGAGACCACCAACAAUGAAAUACCCACCCACAAUGAUUCACCAGCAUGUGCGAACCUGCAGGCACAGAAGAAGCGGAAAUCCAAUGAAUCUGUAGAUACAGAACUCUGUCUUAAUGAGAGAAACCAGUGAGGGAGAAGAGCAAAACUCAGAACAGCUCCCUGAAGGGACAUAAACCAUGUGUAUGUCAAGUGACAGGAGCACCUCAUACUUAGCACUGGGAUUCUUUGAAGUAAAAGAGCUGGAUUCUGUUAGGACCAGUACUCCAUCAGAGCAAGCAGUAAAAGGUGAGAAUAUCUGCACAGCAAUUAGAACUUUCUUUAAUAAAUUCCAAUUGUUCCUCUUCUUCACCAAGGUGGAUCUACCUCGUUGAAAAAUAUGCAAUCACUGGCAGGACUUCUGCAUUAACACUUCUGAAUAAAUUCAUUUAAGCUAAAGAGGCCCCCAAGGUUGUUUUAUACCCAUGAGGUUAUUCAGAUUCUACCUGAUGUCCAUUACAUCAAACAGAAGUGUGUUUGAUUCUGAUGAACUUGGCAGAGAAAUUAAUCCAGUGACUUGUUAAAUAUUUCCCAUCUUUAAAUAUUUGCUUUUUCUUACCAGCUCCAUUCUUUCUAUGACAUUUCAAUUAUUGGCUAUUUCAGCUUCCCCUUUUAACUUCAGAAGGUCGUUUUCUCCAUACUCUACAGUAAUCCACAUUUGCCUUAUAGACUUAUCUGUGUUUGUUUUUGUUUUGCUUUGUUUUUCAAUUACAGCCUCCUCUUCUGAGGAAAAAAGCUGUGGUCAGGAAUAUGUCUCUGCUGAACCAUCAACGCUUUUUCAGGCAGAGCAAAUUGCAAAUUCCUAUUUUAUCUGUUUAGCACUAGUUUGGCUGCUACAAGCUAAAACAUGAUGUUUCUAUUCCCCAGAUGGAAUUUAAAAUUUAGUUUGAUACUAAGGAUUAAAAAGUUCUAAACUUUCACAGUCUUUCAGAAAUAUUUAAAUAUUUUUAAUGUAUUUUCCACUUGGAAUUUCUGUCAAAUAGAAACAGUGUCACUAAAUAAGUAGUAUUUUUUUUUUCAAAGGUAAGAAGUUACACUGUAAAAUAUAGAUGUGUCCAUUUGAAGGUAAAAAUCAGGGAGGGUGACGGAUUCCCAUUUUUAUCUCAGUAUCGUCGCCACUUUCAUAUGCUCUCAUUCCAUGCUUUCUUCAUCUGGGAACGUUUACCCAGGGGUGAUUAUAUGUAACAGAUGCAUUACAUGUGGGCCGGUCAGUAAUCAGAAGGUAAAUCAUGCAGCUCUUACUCAGAUGCUCAGCCUCUUGGAAUUCAUACAAGCUGGAGCAAGAAAUGCAAGAUGUAGCCCACAGACUUAAAUUCAAAAGAGAGCAGAGGCAACCAAUUUCUCUGUAGUAUUGCUCAUCAAUAUAUAUUGCGGUACUAUAAUUCUGUGCCAUCUAAACUAAUCAUUAAAGUUCUCUGAGCACAUUUGACCAGGGCAGCUGCAGUUUUGACUCUUUCACCUUUGCCAGGUGCCAAUAGCUGAACUUUGCCAUGUAUACACUUAGAAGUAAUUGCUGCCUAAAUUGCAGCAGCCAAACCCAAUACCACUUCAGAAAGGGUUCCUCUGACCUCAUUUUCCCCUGCUUUUAGCGAUUCUAACACGCUUCAAUUCUUUUGCACUACUUUUUAAUGUCUCAAAAGGAGAAUUUCCUGUAAGUUGUUCAUGUAAGGGCAAAUAUCUUCAAAUUCCUCUUGUCGAAAUACCACAAUAAUUGACCUCUUUGCUUACGGCCUUCCAUCCUGCCCAGAACCUUCAGCCCUUAUGAAACCGAGCAGCAUUUUGGGGGAUUCACCUUCCAGUAAAUAAAGCCAGGCUUCUUUUCAGGCUUCCUCAAGCCACUCAUCAUAAGAAUUGAUGGUAUGGUGUAGUGGAAAUGCUAAAUCAUGGCUUGAAGCAGUGAUUGAGCACCUGGUGGAAGGCAGGGCCAACCCAGUGGAGCUCAGGUGUUUGCAGUUCACCUGAGUGAGAGGAAGGGGUGGAGCCAGGAUCCACCCCUUCCCAGACCUCAUUUAAGGGUUGACACCGAAGGCGAGAGCAUCUUGCCUACAGGAGACUUUCAGAGGUAAGCUGUUUUUCUUUUUUUGUUUCUUUCUGCAUAUACAGCUGCUGCACUUGAGCUUAUCCUCACUCGCUGCAGCCUGGGACUCUGCUACCCCGCUGUUUUUGCUGUGUUUUCCAUCACCUUAUAGUGUUACAUGUGGGUAUACGAUUAGUAAUGUUAGGUGGUGUUAUGAUGCUCCCCAUAUCAGCUGGUUCAUCCCCAGCAAUUCUCCUGUACUGGUACCGUUGAUGCAGAGUUCCUCAUGGGCCCUUCUGCUGGGCAUUGCUUUGGUAAUAGGAGAGGAGAUCUCCUGUGGUAAAGUGCAAAAAUGUUACCACUUUUAUUGUUUCAUACUUGUAUGAAAUACAUCCAGUGUCUCUUUCUGAACUCAUUCAUUCAGCCUGCUUGGAUGUGCCAGUGAGCUGAAAACAGUUGGCUGGUGCCACCCAGCUCUCAGUAACCUAAGUCCAUCUCAGGUCAGUAGUUAUCUCCAUCUGUUUCUCUCUGUUUUGUGGCCAGUGGCGUAGAAGCAGUACCAGAUAGGCACUACCAUGCUACAGAAUUCUCUGGCUGGAGAUACAGAAGCAGAAGUGGUGGCACUAGUUCCCUACAGCACAAAGCAAGAAAAUAUGCUGGAACUGUGGCCUCAUUUUCAAAAUAAACUGAAAAUAUCAAUGUCCUUACCUGCUUUGCAUUGAGACGAACACAUUAACCCUUAAUUUAAACUGGAGAAGGCUGUAGUAACUCUUAGAGGUGGAACAAAGCCCUUCAGUGGAUUGCAUGUGGCACUUGGGAGCGCAUAACCCAGGCUGAGCUGAGGUUGUAAAGAAAAUAAAGUAGGAGGAACAACUGAAGUAAAGAUAUGGUCUUGAAUUUUACAUUGCCUUCUCUCUGGGAAGGUCACAGCAGAAUUGAGGCAUAAAACCAACCUCUUAUCGCUUUCCAGUACCCCUCUACUGUUUCUCUUUAAGAAAAAAUAAAUCCUGAAGGCAGGCAGUGGAAGAAAUCACUUCAAAGCACUGCAACGCAUGGGAAACAUAACUGGUGGCAAUUAUUAAUCUAUCUCCAUCUUCUCCCCUCCCCCAGAGUUAUUGCUACUGAGUUUGAUUAACAGGGUUUGUACGAUGUUUUGUGUGGCAUCACUUAGUGCAGAAAUGAUUAGCUGUGAUUAAUACUGUUCAUGCCGGGAAGGUGUAUGUUUCUUUCACUUGAGGCUGAUGUCUAAGUUUGCAUUUUUUGUUGUGUAAAGUGCAUAUCAUAGACAAGAGCUGCAGUGAAGAGGAAAUAGCAAGGGAAGGUUCAGACAGGUCAAGUAAUUUUAGUUACGACACAAUGAUAAGGGGAUUAAUUGUGAGUAGGCAGAAAGGAUGCAGAUAAGGGAAACCGGUAGCGUUUAGACCCAGGACAACUGGCAUUCACUGUGAACAUCCAAUAUUAGUAUUUUCCUACCUUUUUUUUUUUUUCAUUUUUUUCCCUUCUUUUUCCAAAUUUAUCUGUCUAGAACACGCUUCCAUUUUCUGGAGGAAAUUCUUACGCAAAUGGUUACCUUCUUGUGUAAGUUCUAUGUUGUCUUAUGGAUUUCUGUACAUCUCAAUGCAGGUUAUUAUGAUGUGUCAGGUCUUCAGUCAUAAUGGCUGGUAAUUUGUUGUAAGAAACCUUAAACCACUGUUCACUUGUUCCUGUUGACUUAGACGUUGCUCUAAGGCCAUUGCUUUUUGGACCGUUCACACUUUGGAAAUCAAGUCAUGAUGUUUGGCAUUUUCUGUUAGCAUAAUCCUCCUGCAUUAUUAUUGUACAUAUCCAGAAAACAAUCCCUCUCAAUAAACGUUAUUCUCUUUUUUAUUAAAAAGCAUGUUUUUGUGACAAAUA